UGCAUUGGCGUCUGUCUGGAUUUGCCCAUCUGGGUGGAACGGGCACAACUGGACUAGCAGGCAUUGGAUUGAAUCCUAACCACCGAGUGUCUCCUCAGAGCAGCUUGGGUGAAAAAAGAUUUGGAGGCAUCAGGGCACCUCUGCGGACCAUGGAAACCUGCAGUUCGGAUACUCAAGAGAGCAGCCACAAAGAAAGAUGGGCAAAUGGAAGCCAUUGGCAUCCCCAAGGGAGACGCGGGGUGGCACAUUUGGAGCACAAGGAGCCCCGCAGGCGCCACUUCCACGGCGAUUCGCUCUGCCCGGUGUGCCUGCAAGCCGCCUGCUGCCCGGUGGAGACGAACUGCGGCCACCUCUUCUGCGCGCCUUGUCUGCUGGCAUACUGGAGACACGGACCCUGGCUUGGCGCCAUUAGCUGUCCUCUCUGCAGACAGAAGGUGACCUCCAUGUACAACCUCUCUGGUGACACUCGACGAGGUGCUCCAGAAGAGCAGGUGCUGCGGGACAUCGGGGACUACAACAAGCGCUUCUCGGGUCAGCCUCGGCCAAUGUCCGAUUAUCUCUACGACAUGCCGCUCUUCCUCCAUUUGAUGCUCCGGGGCCUCUUCACCAUGUCCGGGCUCAUCUGGAUCUUCUGCUUGAGGAUCGUGGUCUGCUUCUUUGGCGCUGUCCUGUCCCUAACUCUCUCGGUGGAUGUCAUUCCUGAGCCGUUCUGUUGGGUCCUCGGGGCCGUUGACGACCUUGUUGUGGUAUUUCUGGUCCUGGCCUGCAUGAUCAACAUCCACCAGCAGAUGGCGCCUGACCGUGCAAAUGUCCAGAACAGCAGCAGCAGCAGCAGCAGCACUCGAGAUGUACUGUAGGGGGCGAGCAGAACCUUCUGCGCAAAUCGAGAAGUGACGGCAGAGGAGCGAACGGGCAAAUGCGUCACAAACCGUGGAGUCAAGUCAUUUGGUCCCAGCCGGUCACACUGAGGAGGACAAGAUCGGCGAUAAACCUCAGAAAUUAUUAUGAGGAGAGGAGGCACUGGGGCUCGCCUCUUUAUAGCGCCCACUAACGCCCCCCAGGAGCUGAUAUCGGCAUUGGAAUGCAGGGCCGUCUUAACGUAUGGGCAUAGGCCGGGGGCCCACGAUGUUUCUGAUGCCCAAGUAUGCUUCUGUUUUCCUAUC